UAUGGGGCAUAAAAUUUGAUCUUUCAGCGGUACCAGAAUAUAGUGUAGUGCCAAAAUGCGUUUCGCAAUACGUAACUACUAAUACACUUGUAGUAGUAACAAUGAAGGUUGGGGUUGGGUAUAAUCAAAAAAUAGAUGUCGAGGUAACCGAUAAUAGCGAUGCGAUGAAUAAAUAUGGUCAUAAACGGGAUAUUACUGAAGAAACUCGUUUGGCUUUUACGACACAUGCCAAUGCGGAUGUAUCAGUUUGCUUUACAAAUACAUUGGAUGAAGGAUUUCAAGCCAAUCCGCAAUUUCAUCGUACAAUUGAUCUGGACAUAGACAUAGGAGCGGAAGCCAUAGAUCCUAAUCAAUUCGAAAAAUUGAAACCUAUGGAAGCUGAACUUCGAAAAUUGGAACAAGUGGUGCAAGAAAUUGUAGACGAAAUGGAAUAUCUACGGAAACGAGAGGCUAGAAUGAGAGAUACAAAUG